AGACAGGGCCAGUUCAACCGGAUCCUCUUUGCAGUGUCCAGAUGCUGGUUUCAGACAGCUUUGGUUUGCACAGUGGGGACAAAGAACAGGGCAGUGUUUGGGAGAGAAAUUCAAAGGGCCCGUGGCAGCGUCCUGGCUUUGUAGAGCCAGAGCCGACUCCUGCAAUAGGAGCUUGACUCGCUGCCAUUGGAGCGGAUCUCCAGACAUCCUUCCAGCUCCGUGCAAAGUCCGGAUUGCAAGCCUCAGCUCAGAGACCCGGGAGGACGCACACCACGACUCCUCAUUCUCCUCAUUCUCCGGUGGCUGCUGAACUGAUCUCACUGGAAGGGAAUCUCUUUUCCUAGACGUGGGAUCCCAGGGACGUCCUUGGAGACUGGUGUGGCUGCAGCUUUUCAGAGUCGAUGAGGAUGUCCAGGAAGACCCAGUAAAGAAGGACUUGGCCCACUUUGGUCGCUGAAUUCACUCCAGCUCUUCUCAUUCCUGGAUGUUCCUUGGUCAUCUCUAGGCAAAGGCAUUUUCUUCCACCAUGUUGUUGUUGCAAGGUGCCCAGAUGUUGCAGAUGCUGGAGAAAGCUCUGGUGAAGAGCCUCCCUGAGUCCUUGAAGGUAUAUGGUACUGUCUUCCACAUAAACCAUGGAAACCCAUUCAAGCUAAAGGCCCUUGUAGACAAAUGGCCUGAUUUUAAUACAGUGGUCAUCCGCCCUCAGGAGCAGGCGAUGACAGAUGACCAUGAUCACUACACCAAUACUUACCAGAUCUACUCCAAGCACCCUCAAAACUGUCAGGAAUUCCUGGACUCUCCAGACGUCAUCAAUUGGAGGCAGCACUUUCAGAUUCAAAGUACGCAGUCCAGCCUGGAUGAAGUGAUACAAAACUUUGCAACCAUUAAAUCUUUCAAAGUCACCUAUUCAAAUAACCUUCUAUAUAUGACGUCGGAGACAGUCAACAAACUGAUUCCUUCACUGAUGGACACAAAGAAUUUACCACCCACUGGUGGCAAGCCAAAGGCCAUCAAUCAAGACAUGUUUAAACUCUCCUCCUUGGAUGAGACUCAUGCUGCCAUGGUGGAUAAAUUUUGGUCUUAUGGCGGCAAUGAGAAGAGCCAGAAGUUCAUCGCGCGAUGUUUACGGAGCUUCCCAAGCUCCUGUGUCUUGGGACCUGAGGGAACCCCUGUAUCCUGGACAUUAAUGGACCAGACUGGAGAGAUACGAAUGGGAGGCACUCUGACUGAGUAUCGGGCCCAGGGUCUGGUCUCCUAUGCUGUCUAUUCACAGGUGCAGACUAUGAACAAACUCGGCUUCCCCAGUUAUUCUCACACAGACAGGAAAAACAAAGCUAUGCAAAAAAUGAGCGAUGCUCUACACCAUAUCCUCAUGCCCUGUCACUGGAACCAGUGGGUGUGUUCUCCUCUGUGACACUGUCUUUAGACACAAGGCAUUAUGCCUGGGCGUGUCACUGGAGGAGUGAAAUAAAUGGAAUCGUUAGCAAA